GGCUUCAGAAAGUUAAGACGAGCACCCGUUUUGUUCACGACCACGAUUAGUCUAGCAGUUACAAGAGCUGUAGGAAUCGAAGGGGUCGUGAAAGAGCUGGGAAGGAAAGACUUCCAAGCUGGGAAGGAAAGACUCCGUUGUCCAAAUGAUUGGAAUCUCUUUGAGACUCAAAUGAUUUCAACAAAUUAGAUUUUUUGCCGUUUGUCCAAAGUGUGAGUAUAUGAAUUGGGCCUCUUCACGGCACGCAACCUAGAUCCAGUGGAAUCCGGGUACGACUGUGGCUGUAAUCGAGGCUGGGAAGAGGUUUAUUGAUACCCUUCCCUCGUUAGCAAGGCUUAGAAUUAGGCCGGGAGAAUCAAGUGGCUCUUAACUAAUAUCAAGUGAGAUCAUUGGCCAAGGUCUUUUCCCCGCAUCGCCUGGCCUUGCAAACUGCAAACGCUUUCUUAUUUAUGCAUUUAGAUUUAUAGCCCACCGCGUCUGGAUGGCUCAGAGUAGGUAGCCAAAGCAAAAAGAAAGAAAGAAAGAAAGAAGCUCAAAACGAAAAAUGACUGCAAAAUAAAAUAACGAAAUCAUUUUUGUAAAUAUAUGCCGUCCAUCAAAUGGCACAGUCUCCUGCUUCAUUAAUUAGGGCCCCACAAGCAAAAAAAAUCUGGGAGGUUUUGUUUUCUAGUAGUGUCGGGCGACAACGUUGUUCAGCUGAAACAUCCGCAGCAAACAUCGAAGCCAGUGCUGACGGGGGCGGGCUGUUCAGCAGAGUCUUUCCCUCCCUCGCCCAACUGCAGCUCUUCCAGGUCUGCCCUCGUCACCCCCUUGGGACAGAGUUUAAUGCACAGUCUUCCUUCUCUCCCCCUCCCCACAGUGCGGUGGAGAUAGAUGCAGACAAGCGAGAGCGAGCGAGACAGACGCUCUAUUAUUGGUGUUUUGUAAGGCUCAUGUUACCGUCUUGCUUCUUCAGGCUGCUUCCCCCUCCUAAAAUGAUCGAAGCAUGCUGCUUUCUUUUCUGGAGCUAGGGGAUCUGGGGGAGGGGAUCGGAGAAGAGCGCCCCCCUUCCGAAGCAUGGACGGCUCUGCCUACCCUAGAUUCGAAACUCUGAACGGGAGAAGCCGCGUCCCUCCCUCCCCCCUUUCUUUCUUUCUUGCCCGUCGCAUUGCAGGUUUUCCGCACCUCUAACGUAGCCCUGGGGAGGGGGGAAAGUGCAGCUUUGCCACGCAAACCGUGGACUGAAGGGAAGAAGGAGAGGCGAGGAGCUACUUUGCCUUCAGUCUCCUUCCAAAUAAACACAUUAAAUCUUGGAUCAGAUCUUCACUGCCGAGCAGACGCCGCGCGGAGUGUAAUGGCUUUGUGAUGUAGCACCAGCGGUUAAAGGAUGUGUACUGCGCUGAGUCCCAAGGCCAGAGGCCCUGGCCUCUCCGACAUGCACCAGUAUAGCCAAUGGUUGGCCAGCAGACAUGAGGCUAAUUUGUUACCAAUGAAAGAGGAUUUGGCCCUGUGGCUAACGAACCUGUUGGGGAAGGAAAUAACAGCUGAAACAUUUAUGGAGAAAUUGGAUAAUGGUACUUUGCUCUGUCGGCUUGCGGAAACUUUACAGGAGAAAUUUAAAGAGAACUGCAUUGAGGCCAACAAGCUCGGAAGGAUAAUGCCAGUGAGAAAAAUUCCAUGCAAAGCCAAUGCACCGUCUGGAUCUUUUUUUGCACGGGACAAUACAGCAAAUUUCUUGUCCUGGUGCAGAGAUGUGGGAGUGGAUGAUACUUGCCUUUUUGAAUCUGAAGGUUUGGUCCUCCACAAGCAGCCCAGAGAAGUGUGCCUUUGUUUGCUGGAACUUGGAAGGAUUGCUGCCAGGUUUGGUGUGGAGCCUCCUGGAUUAAUAAAGCUGGAGAAAGAAAUUGAACAAGAGGAAACACUUUCAACCCCUCUUCCAUCCCCUUCACCUUCACCAUCAAAGUCACCUGGCAAAAAGAGCACAGGAAAACUCCUGGAUGAUGCAGUCAAACAUAUUUCUGAAGAUCCUCCAUGUAAAUGCCCUAGUAAAUUUUGUGUAGAGCGUCUUUCACAAGGAAGAUACAGAGUUGGGGAGAAGAUCCUUUUCAUCAGGAUGCUCCACAACAAACAUGUGAUGGUUCGUGUUGGAGGAGGAUGGGAAACAUUUGCAGGGUACUUGCUGAAACAUGACCCAUGCCGAAUGCUCCAGAUCUCUCGGGUGGAUGGGAAGACAUCCCCAAUCCAGAAUAAGUCUCCGACCAUCAAGGACAUGAAUCCAGAUAGCUAUUUGGUUGUUUCUGCCCAUUACAAAGCCAAAAAGGAGAUUAAGUGAAAUUACUUUCCCUUUUCAUUGGGGGACUGUGUAUAUGUAGGCCCAGAUGAUCUUCUCGAGUGUAGUCAAAUUAGCUGGUGCUUUAAAAGGACCUCUGAGAAUUACACACAGACUGGAAAUGGCAACCCAUUUUAUGGAUUGUUGAACUGUAGAACUAUUUAUUUCUAGUACUGUACCUUUUUAUAGCAAGUUACCCUUGAUAGGUUAAUUACUACAGUCAAAUAAAAAUUUAGACAUAUAUUUUUAGCAAAAUUAUUACUCUAUGAAUGUAUUCUUAGAAUGACUUAAACAGUAUGAUUCACAUUAAAGUAAUAACAUGUGAUAUAUUUGUAUGAAAAGCAUCUAUGAUUCUCAAGUAUUUGCCCAUAUUUAGAGAUCUGACUGCCUGAUGCAGUGCUUGCAGUCAAUCAUCUUGCAGCCAACCAUUCUUGGAAGGAACCUGAUCAGUUUGUGCAUUUGCUCUUUUGUGUGUUCACUGAGUCCCUCAAUUGAAGUGAAUGAGGCAUCUCUUAUAGGCAGGAAAAUGCCAUGCCUACAUCACUGUCCUGUACCUGUAAGUAACUGCUGGAUCAGGGUGAAAGUGUGUUAGCUGUAAGAGAUGAGAAGAAAAUAGAUGUAGAUUGUGUGCAGACAGAUGGAAAGUAUUUGCACUUAACAUCUGUAUAUUAAUGUCAAAAUUUUUGUUUUAUAGGCAGCAACUUUUUUUAAUCAGUAAAAUGAACAAGUUAGCUUGCUUCUAAAAUGGCCACCUGAGAAUGCCUGUGCAACACCAAAAGUUACAUUCUAACUGCUAGAACCUGUCUUAUCUUAAUAACUGCAUUAAUAGGAGAGCUUAAAAUAGUUCUAAAGAAGUUUAUGAUCUGUUCAAUUAAUGGCCAAACUAUACAUUAUGCUUGGAGAUCUUGCGCUCUUUAAUUUGAUUAAGAAAGUGGCACGGGGGGUAGGAGGUAUUUGACUCUUUCCCCUCAUCUGAUCUACAUCUUUCUGAUCUGAUCAUCCCCUUUCUGAUCUACAUCUGCCUCUCAAGUGAUGCAAGAUAAAAUAUAGGUGCUGUAUCUAUGUCUUUCCCCACCCCAUAGAAAACAGGCUGGGGAUGGUGGUUGUUGAUAAAAUGUUGUGGGCAAAAGGGAAUCAGUAUCCCUGGACUGUCCAACCCAUGUGGCUUCAUUUGGUUAAAAACAAGUCAUCAAGAGAGAAAAUCAUAGAUUUCCUAGCUUAACAUGCAGUUUGGUCCUUAUAGGCCACCAAGUAGAGGUGCAACUUUUAUCUCUUGCGACCACAACUGAACAAUAUCAAUAUAUAGAAAUAUAUGCUCACAGAGUAAUCAAAAUGUGGUAGCCUCAGCUUGUUUUUAGCAGAGAACAAAACCAUUUGGAUAGCCCCACACUGAGGCCAUGUGAAAUCUCUGCUUGGUGUAGCCAGUUCUGAUGCCAUUUAAGAGGAGGCAGAAUGUAUACUGACACUAAAAACUAUCAACAAUGUGCUGCCUCUUCCCUCUUGGACUUGUGUCACUCAUAGAAAUUGUGAGAAAAGGUGCUUAGUACCUCAGAUUUGAUGGCUUCAAAUGGCAUUGCAGACACUGAAGUUGUUCUCAUGCCAACUUGGAGUCACCAUUGAUUCUGCUCUGUCAUGGGCAACUUCUUAGUGGCAGACCUAAUAUAUAGGUGCACCCCACAUUCCCCUUCCCUUGUACCACCUCUAUCUGUGACACUCUGGAAAGGUAGCUGACAUCAUCUGAGGGCCAGGAGGAUGAAGUAUGCAAGUCAGAAGGCAGCAUCUCUAUGCAGCAGCGCAGCAUCUCUAUGCAGCAGCACAGAAGGCUAAAAGGCAACCCUAACAAUGAGUAAGGAGGGAGAAAGUAGCCUUUGAAGUAUAUAGAGCCAAGGAUUUUUGAUCAGGGGGAGUUAUGAACAUUCCCUUCUCACAACUUAUUUUGUAAUUUUGAGAUCCUGCUAUAAGCAUAGGUUCAUUCACAGCUGCUUUUCAUGCUACGUUUUUUUUAAAAAAGAACCUCAUUGAGCCCUUCCUUUCUCUGGAAAAAACAAAACCCAUGCAGUUUGUCAAAAUGAACUGUAAGAUAUUCCCCUUAGGGGAUGGAGCUGCUCUGAGAAGAGCAUCUAGGUUCCAAGUUCCCUCCCUGGCUUCUCCAAGAUAGGCCUGAGAGAGAUUCCUGCCUGCAACCUUAGAGAAGCCACUGCCAGUCUGUGAAGACAAUACUGAGCUAGACCAAUGGUCUGACUCAGUAUGACAACUUCCUAUAUUCCUAAUUACGAGACUCCCUGCCAGGUCCAUGUGCCACUUCUGUAGAACUGUAGUCCACUGUAAAAUGAAUGUUAAGAGUGUAUCUUUUUGGCAGUCUCUGAAUCUUCAACUUGACAUGAGAAUGCAGUAGUCUGUAGUAAUAACUUGUGCGCCUCCUGUUUGAUUGCUUGCUAUUUGCUUUUAGAUUGGUCCUAUUUGCUGUAACAGAAGAGUACAGUAUAGCUUCGGGUAGUUACAGACACAUAUGAAGUGUUUCUAUCUCAUACUAACCCAGAACAAACAGGUGGCUCUCAUUAUUUGGCAUUGUAGUUUUGAACUUUUCAUCAUGUGAUGGUGGGAUGUACUCUUUUGUCUGGACUCACCUAUUUUUUUGAACAUAUUGAGUAAAAUAUGAAAAUACUGCGUGCAUUCUCUGUAGAUAAUGUCUUGGGGAAGGGUUUGGGUUACACAACUCCAUUAUAACUAGGAAAGCUGGGGUUGGUUUAUUGGUUUCGCUAACUUUCUUUGACUAUACUUGAUCAUUUUUGUGCCUUGUAAGGAAAAUCAUUCCUUGAGAAUUAUUUGAAUGACUGUAUAAAUUUGAGCAGAAAGUACAUGGUGCAUUAGUAAUAAACAUACUUUUUAAAAAA